CUAAUUUAUGUACAUAUUCUGGAUUUGAUCCACUGGUUCCACGGCACACUGCUAUUCUGGAAGCAAUUUGUUGAAUAGAUGCUUCACCAGCAAACCACUCAUUGUUUUCAUCUGCUAUAUACACAGUGACUUCAGAUGCUUUCAUCACGGUUAUCUACACAGGUUGUAACUCGCGCUAUACUGUACUGAAGAACAGAACGACCAAGGGUGGUGGCCGCGUGAACUACAGCGCUAGUUGUGUCUGGCCCUACUUUCGUAUGUAGAACGUACUUUAACAUUUACAUUAGAGUGGCAAUGGAACGAUUUGAAGUAUUUCCAUUACACCGAAACAAACACCUCAUCAAACAAUGUUGUGCUGUAAUUAAUUCCGAAUGGCCACGCAGUGAAAUGGCCAGGUUACACAGUUUGGAGGCAUCUUGUGAUACAUUGCCAACAUCUUUGGUAUUGGUUGAAAAAGAAGAAGAUAACUUCAAGGCAGUUUUAGGACAUUCAAAAAUUACACCAAUACCGUCUAUUCCUGAUGGUGGUUUCAUCGAAACAGUGGUCAUAGUAAAUCAUCACCGAGGACAAGGACUAGGAAAAUAUCUUAUGUGCAAGACUGAAGAAUUCAUAAAAACGUUGGGUUUAAAUUUUGCAUACUUGUCUACAAUAGACAAACAAGAGUUUUACUCAAAACUUGGAUAUAUUCAAUGUCAGCCUAUUUCAAUUUAUGGAGGAUGCUUGAGUAGCAUCAAUAAAUCCAAUAUGGUUUCUGUCAUUGUGCCAUCAAGAAAAACAUUUAUGAAAAAAAAAUUGACAUGAAACCGUUUUUUAAAUUUAUUGUUCUUUGUAUUUUAAACUAAUAACAGGGAAUAAAUAUUACUAAUAUAAUCGUGUAUCUAUUGUACAUUUCAGUUACCACCUACUCAUCGGCCAUCGCUUUAACUUUGUAGUAUAGGUAGUAAUAAUAAUAAUA